GUGUCAUUUUCAUGUCUUCCGUAUCAUCGGAAAUCGUCUGCCGCGCUAAUACGUCUUCGAUCCGCUGGAUGCGCAGCUCAUCAGCUGCCGGUGAAUCGCAAUUUAUCGAAGAAUAAAUGCGGCGUUCUCAUGGUUUCAUAUCACCGUUCUCGAUAAUCGUGAGUGCUACAAGCAAAUCGCCGAGGUAAGGAAACGUCGAUCGAUGACGUACACGAACGACGGCUUUUCUCCCUGAUAUGUCGAAGGUGCAUCCGUAUUUACGGCAGGAUUGUCGACGUUACAUUUAGUUUCUCAAAGCGAUUCUAAUCUGCGGCGCCAACGAACAUGGCAGCGAUGAAUAACGAGACGAAGCUUGACAUGUAUGAUGAUGUCACGUACGCUGUCGAUCCUCAACAUGUCGAGGGUGAGAUGACAGUAGGCACAAAACAAAGAUCAACUUUGGGAGAGCCGGAAUUUAACACAUUAGAUGAGCCCAUCAAAGAUACAAUUUUAAGGGAUGUUCGAGCAGUAGGCAAAAAGUUUUUCCAUGUUUUAUAUCCUAAAGAGAAGAAAAGUUUAUUGAAAGAAUGGGAUCUAUGGGGACCAUUAAUAUUAUGUACUUUUAUGGCAAUGCUAUUACAAGGUUCUGCUGAUGCAGCAGACUCGAAUGAUGGAGGGCCUGAAUUUGCAGAAGUAUUUGUUGUUGUAUGGAUUGGAUCUAUGGUUGUCACAUUGAAUUCAAAACUAUUGGGUGGAAAUAUAUCUUUCUUUCAAAGCGUUUGCGUCCUAGGAUAUUGCCUAUUACCGACUGCCAUUGCAUUGAUUUUAUGCAGAAUUAUACUGAUAGUGCAACAAAGUACUCUUCUAUUCGUCCUCAGACUCAUUAUUAGUUCGACUGGAUUUUUAUGGGCAACAUAUGCAUCUAUGGCAUUUCUUGGCGAUAGUCAACCUGCAGGAAGAAAAGCAUUAGCUGUAUAUCCAAUUUUCUUAUUUUAUUUCGUCAUAUCAUGGCUGGUUAUAUCCAGUACAUAUACAUAAAACGCAACAAUAAUAAUCAAUCUAUUACAAGACUGUGCGUUGCUCCGGCCUUCUGUUAUAAAUUCCAAGAGAUAAAAAGAAAACAGAAGGAGAUGCAAUGUAUUUCAUAUAUAUUUUCCAAGUCUCGUAUUUGGACGUAUUCCAAUCUCAUGUUUUUGUGAAUAAUACAUAUUAGGCAAGUAUUUAUUAUCUUUAUAGAUUAUUGUUCAAUAUGUCAAUUAUCAGACUUGUAAUUAUAUUUAAUCUCACUGAAUGCACACGACAGUUACGAUGAAUUACUGAUACAAAAAUAUUCUUUCCUUCUUUAAAAAACUUAAUGAUUGAUAUUUAUACAAAUUUGAUAAAUAUUUUAGUAUGAGUAAUGAAAAAUUAUUUGUAGUUAAUUCUAAAUUGUUGCAUCGGAAUAUUUCCUAUACUUUUAUAAAUUUUAAUGUUUUUUUUUACUAAAUCCGAUUAAUCGUAACAUUAAAUUUAGACAAUGCGAAAGUUUGAAGCAUGCUCCCAUUUGUAUCUUUUUGUACAUGUAUAUUAUGUAUAUAGAGUUAUAUUUAAAAUAUGUUAUAAUAAAACAAAACAGUAUAGAAU